UUUUCAUCCUUAAUCCAACUAGAUUUUGAUCGGAAAGUCUUCGGAAUCGGCUGUGGAAGAAGAGUGAAUUGUUUCAUCCUUGUUUUGCCAUGGCCAUGUAUAUUCGUGUGAAGCGCAUGAAAACCACUUAUUUUAUCCAAUGUGAUCCAACAGAGACUGUUUUGGAUGUUAAGCAAAAACUGUUUGCCCUCAUUGAGCAACCAGUUACCAAUCAGCGUCUGGUCUUAAUGUCUACCGAAGAAGUAUUAGAGGAUUCCAAAACUUUAGCAGAUCAGAAGGUUGAGAAUGAUGCAGUUGUGGCUUUGACCUUGAGGAAAGAUGAUAACGAGUUUGAGGAUGUCAACAUUGCACAGCCCACCGACUUCUCAAUUUCAUGAAGAGUUUCUUACUGUAUCAAGAAAACCUCAUGAGAAGGUAUUAUUGAUUCAAACACAAGGAGGAGUCUAUAAGCGCUUGAAGUUGUUUCUUUGCGUCUCUGCUUGUGUUAACGCCUCUUUAGUUGUUACAGACAAUUGUUGUAAGUAAAGAUAUUGAGAUGUG